UGAUCUGUUUCUGUAUCCGAUUUUGGAUAAGCCGAUGACUAUUUUAGGCGGAAAGUGAAAAUUGUAAUAUUUUAUUUGUUUUAAGCAAUUUAUAAUCUAAAACCUAAAUAAAAACAUAUUGUUUAGUUCAUAUUAUAUCACCGACUUUUUUAAAUUUCUAUAAGCAAUAAAAUGAGUGACUCUGUAAAUAUGUCACUUGAUGAUAUUAUCAAGCAGAAUAAAAACAGAACUAGCCGAGUUCGGGGACGAGGUGGUGGAAACGUAAGAGGACGUGGUGGUGGCCGCGGUGGUCGUAGAGGGCGCAUAGGUCGCGGAGGAGGUUCAGACCGAGGGAGAUCACAGUCACGGGGCGGAAGUAAUAACAGGCAGGGUCGAUCCCGCUCUCGGUCUCGUGGACCCAGAGGCAGAUCACAGUCACGUGGACGUUCGGAGUCACGGACAAGAUCAAAAUCCCGACAAAGACGCUUCUCCUACCCUAGAACCAGAUCUGCUUCACGUUCUCGCUCUCAGUUACGAAGUUUGACUCCAAAAGCAAGGGCAGGGCUAGAAAAUGCAGUAUUUCAAAAUGAUAUGCCAGCCCUAGUGCGCUCAAACAGAGGAAAUAGAGGAGGACCUCAAACAAGAUUCCGGCGUUUAAAUUACAAUCAGCCAGCACAAGGUAAUGUUCAUAGCAGACUUGGAUUAAACAGCCGAAGAGGUGGUGGAGGGAAUAAUACCUUUAAGCCUUUAGCAGUGGCCAAGAGAGGAAUUUCUAAACGGGGUCGUGGUCUUACCACUAGAAAUCGAUACAGCUCUGUGGGCUUAAGGUCUGACCAAAUCUUACAAGAACGUCAAAACUUUAUACAAAAUAGCAUAAUAAAGUCACAGACUUUUACACGCUCUAGAAACAAUUCACUAAAUUCGGCUUCACAAUUAACCGUUAGUGUAGCUAAUGACUUUGCCAAAAGACGCAGGAAUAGUGUUGGUAAUGCAGGCUAUUUGAAUAAACAAAGUCUUACCAAAUUAACUAAUGAUUUUGGUGGAUACAACACAAGAAGAGGACCUGGCAGUGUUAAAUCAGUCGGAUCAAACAGAUCUAAUCAAUCCAAUUCUAGUAGACGAUCAAAUCAGUCUAGAGGAAGAGGUCGUGGAAGAGGAUCUAACCGUGGAAUAGGACGGAAGUUUGUAAAUAAGCAAAUACUUAAUCCAAAACUUCAAAAAGAAAUUGCAGCUAUCCAGGGUAAAACUUAUGGUGCACCUAUAACAAACUCGGAAGCACCAAGUGGUGUUAAUUUUGCUCCUACCCCAGCUGCUACACAACAAACCCUACAUCAAAGAUUUGCAACCACAUAAAACUUGCUAAUAAGUUCUAAAUGUAAAUAAAAUAACAUUUAGUUUUAAGGAACUAUUGACUAUUUUGUUUUGUAUAAUAAAUACAGUAUCAUUAUAAUUACUUGCAAUGUCAAGAUUGGUAAGUUUAAUUGAAUUUCACAUGUUUAAAUUAAAAUUCUAUUAACA